AUGCCAGCUAUUCAAGCCAGAUGGACCAAAGCAGUCAGGGCAGAGAUCCUACAACGAUCCUCCCAAACAGUCUCUGUCAUUGAUAGAAGGGUCUACAUCUUUGGCGGGGAGUUGCGGCCGCGAGAACCCAGAGACAAUAACGUUGACGUUGUUUCAUUUGGAGAUCCCGCAACCCUAUCCACCGAGCCACUCACUGAGCCAUCCCCCUCACCACGAGUAGGAACCGCAUCAACAACCCUCAAUGGCAAGAUCUACCUAUUCUCCGGAAGAGGAGGCACAGAAAUGGCACCUAUAGAAGAAAGCGGCGCAGUCUGGGAAUUCGACCCCAGCGCAAACAAAUGGUCUUCCCUGGCACCAUCCGAGUCAACCCCGACAUCCAUCCCAGCAGCGCGCAGCUACCACUGCACAGCCAAUGACGGCAAAGACACUGUCUUUAUCCACGCAGGCUGUCCAGAAAAGGGCCGUCUAUCGGAUCUGUGGGCGUUCAGCGUAUCCCAGAAACAGUGGACGAAACUUGCUCCUGCGCCGGAUCCACCGCGCGGUGGGACAUCUAUUGCAUUUGCCCAAGGCAGACUGUAUCGGAUGAAUGGGUUUGAUGGGGAGCGGGAACAGGGCGGUAAAGUAGAUGUCUAUGAGCCUGGAUCUAAUCUGUGGAGCUCACACUCGUUUGUUGCGGAUGGUGUGACUGGACCAUCGCCGCGGAGUGUGGCGGCCUUGCUUCCUGUUGUUAUUUCUGCUCGUGUGUACUUGGUCACCCUAUUUGGUGAGCAGGAUCCUAGUUCCUUGGGACAUCAGGGUGCAGGGAAGAUGCUGGGUGAUGUGUGGGUGUUUGAUAUUGAGGCCAAGUCAUGGACAAAGGUUGAGGCUCAAGGAGAUGAGUAUCCUGAUCCGCGAGGUUGGUUUGAUGGGGAUGUCCUUGAUGAUAACAGUAUUGUGGUUCAUGGAGGACUGGGGGAAUCAAAUAAUCGGCUUGGCGACGUUUGGACUCUCGAGUUUUUUUAA